UGGAAAAUAUAAAAAUGAUAAGUCUUAUUUAGGAUAACACUUCCACAAAGAUUAAAAUUCUCGUAGAAUGUCUAUUAUUAAACUAGAUCAAGAGUUUUCAUCCUAUGAUGAAGUUGAGGAAAAAAUUCAAGAACUCCAGGACAAGGAGAAAUUCAGACUCUGGAAACGAGACAGUCGCACAAUAGCUGCAGCCAUUAAACGCAUGCCCAGAAGAACUUUUAACCCUGAUGUCAAGUACAACGAGUUGCUGUAUUGCUGUGUAAAAGGGGGCAGAGAAAAAAAAGAUGAUAAUAGAUCGAUGAGGCAACGGUGCCCUUACCAGAUAAAAUUUCGAUGUACUUCAGAUGGGCAGCGUUUGAAAGUUGUGGCAUUCACUACUAAGCAUAAUCACGAUCCCAUGGAAUUCGCAGAAGUCGAAAUGGAAAAAGCAGAAUUGUCUCCUGUGUCUUCCCCAAGUGAUGAUGAUGAUCUGAUAGACAACAGUGAUAUUAAAAUAGAGGAGUUAGAUGAAAGUAUUUUAGAUCAGCUGUCAGGUGCGGCAGAGUUUUCUUCUUCAUCUCACAGCAAUAGAUCAACAAAAAUUAUUUCUAAUGGGUCAUACAAAUACCCCAAGCUUCGGGUAAUUUUAGAUGUGGAUACUGGUAUAGACGACUCCCAUGCCAUUAUGUUGGCUUUGGCCCACCCCAACGUGGAGAUCCUGGCCAUCACUUGCUGUAAUGGCAAUGUUAAUGUCGACUUGGUCUGUCAGAACACAUUACGAGUGCUGCAAGCUUGUGGCAGGGGAGAUAUCCCAGUGUAUAGAGGAGCAGAGUGCUCCCUCUUGGGAAACACAUCACAGUUUGAAAACUUUAGCGGAGAGGCAUGGAACACGCCAGUGGAUAGUUCAGUCCUUCAGCCAGAACAUGCAGCCAAUGCCAUGAUCAGAAUCAUUAACAGUAACCCAGGGGAAGUAACUGUUGUUGCUCUGGCUCCACUAACCAAUUUAGCUUUAGCAAUGAGACUGGAUUCAACAGUUGGUAGAAAAAUUAAAGAUCUCUACAUAAUGGGGGGCAAUAUAGAAGCUCGAGGUAGGAUAAGUACAUGUGCAGAAUUUAAUUUCUAUAACGACCCAGAGGCAGCCCAAGUUGUUCUUAAAGAAUUUAUCAACAUCACUAUUUUACCUUAUGAAGUCUGUCGCAAGUUUCAUUUAUCAUGGGAUUUCUUUGACCUCUGGACAAACUCGGACAGCCCAGUGUCAGAGUUCGUCAAAAGAUCAGUUCUUGAGUCCGCUAAACCAGCCAGAGCAGCAGGUAGAGAGGGCUACCGGUCAUGUGACGGCUACUGCAUGUCCUUGGUCGUGGACAGGUCAGUGGUCCAGAGCGCAGAACCAGUGUACUGUACUGUCGAGCUGUCUGGUCAGUUAACCCGCGGUCAGAUGGUUGUGGACUGGGACGGGCUACUCCAGCAGCCAUGCAAUGCCUUAGUGGUCAAGGAGUUGGACAUUGAAAAGAUUAAAUCACUCUUCAUGUUGAUGGUGAGGCCCCAGCAAGAGGCCCCCCCACACAACGCUGGCCAUGUUCACAAUAAAUCAGGAUACAACACAUUCAAGGCAGAGAAUGACAGCAAUAAUAACAUCUGACAACGUAUCUACCGGAUGUUAAAAACUGUAAUCAAUAUUCCAGUUUGUGCUAGCUUUCCGGACUUGUUAAAUCAACUAAUUGACUCACAGGUGUGUUCUAGGCGUGAUUCAGGUAUAACAUCAUUUAAAAAAUUAUCUUGUAAGUACCAUUUUACAUUUUUAAAAGUUAUUCCAUAUCAUCUGACAUCAUUUAGAAACCAACUUGUAAGUAUCAUUGUACAUCAUUUAAAGAAAAAAACCAUUUAGCAAUUCAUAAACAAUAUUUAGCUUGUCUCAGCCAGCUACUUGUCAGUUCAUUGACCACACAUUUAGCUGCAGCUAGCUGUAGAAUAAACUACACUAUCUAGUCAUGUUGAGCUAUACCUGCCUACAUAAUAAUCUCUUGUGGCUACAGUAGGUGACCAUAUAUUCAACUGCUGCGUCUGUUUGGAUGGGGGUAUGCUUUUUUAAUUGAUAUUUUUAAUCUCAUAAGCUACUUAUUAAGAAAAAUCUUAAUUAUUAUUUUGUGGUAGCUUAAAUUUCUUUAAAGAUUUUUUUUUACUCAAGAAGCCACUAACUUUGUUGUCCAAAUGUCCAGUUGUAUAGUU